CCGACACCACCCGGAGCACGGUUCCACACGCCGCCAGCCCGUCUUUGCCGCCAUGCCCAAGAAUAAAGGAAAAGGAGGUAAAAACAGACGUAGAGGAAAGAAUGAGAAUGAGUCUGAAAAGCGAGAGCUGGUGUUCAAAGAGGAUGGGCAAGAAUAUGCUCAGGUAAUCAAAAUGUUGGGAAAUGGACGAUUAGAAGCAAUGUGUUUCGAUGGUGUGAAGAGACUAUGCCAUAUCAGAGGCAAAUUGAGAAAAAAGGUUUGGAUAAAUACCUCAGACAUCAUAUUGGUGGGCCUCCGAGAUUACCAGGAUAACAAAGCCGAUGUCAUUUUAAAAUACAAUGCAGAUGAAGCUAGAAGUCUCAAGGCAUAUGGCGAGCUUCCAGAGCAUGCUAAAAUCAAUGAAACUGAUACAUUUGGUCUUGGAGAUGAUGAUGAAAUUCAGUUUGAUGACAUUGGGGAUGAUGAUGAUGAAGACAUCGAUGAUAUCUAAAAUAAACUCAACAUUUUACAUUCCAGUCCUUCUGAAGAUUGCCCUGCAAGUUUGGAAUCUGGUCAUAGACUUCAAGGAAAAGUUUUCACUGUAUUGAUUGUAAUUUGUUGAGACAGACUCGAUUCAAUACUAAGGUCGCUUUUUUCAAAGCUGAAAAUAUCUUAAAUGAUAUGUUAAGCCCACUUUGAUCAUUUGAUGUAACUGAACUCA